CAUUGCAAGAUUAUCUCAGAGUAUUUAUUACAGAAGUGGGGUUUCCCAACUUUCCAUAAUAUUUUGGUCCCGUAUGUUUCUUUUUUAUGUUCAUCUCAUGAACCCCGGGUCUCCAUUGUCGAUUGAAACUUGUAUGGGUCUUUAUCUUUAACAGGUGGGCUGUCAGGAAGGAUUUAAAAAUUUGCAGUUCUACCUCCCUCGCAAAGAUAAAUUUGCAGAAUUUUUUAAUGAAUUUUAUAAUGUGUAUUUGCUUUCAUCAAUCGUUUCUAAUCACGAUUUUUUUUGUUAGAUAAGAGAUUUUAAACACGAUUGAGUGGAAGCGAUGAAGUAUUCAUCUUUGAUACUGACACCCAAAACUUUCAACCAUUCUAUAGUUAAUAUUUUCGUCACUUGUAUAUUUAGCAAUACUCAGGAACAGAGCGACGAGCCCGCAGCCUCGGAUAGACCCCAACCGCACGCUUGUUAGGAGGCAUAGAAAGAUUCAGCUUUAAUCGAUCAUUUUUCUGCGCUAUGGUUUGUGCCAAUGGUAUGAAUGAUGGACUUUCAGAUAAACCUAUUUCCAUUUCAGCAUUGUUUCUUCGUCAAAUUCAGCUGGGUUUAGUCUGUUCUUAGAUUUUUUUUUCCUUUUUUCCUCUGCAUUUUCUGAAUAUUUUCGUUGAGGGGUUAACGAGAUUUCAUCUUUUGGAGUCUAUUUGCGUUCGGGAUCUUGAGAUAGGUUCCUUUUCCUUGAAAUGUAGAGAGACUGACUAUUCUUGCUGAUAAAUAUUCUUAGUUUUUGGGUUUUAAAACCUUGGAUCUACUUGUUCCUUUAUUUUGUAAGAAUGGGGAUUCGUUGCUCUUUUGGAUGAUGGGUAUUAUUGACCUUUUGGAACAUCUAUCGCUCUUGACAAAUUUGAUUGGUUUUCGGCGUUUAUUUGCUUGAUUUUGUAAGAAUGGGGAUUACUUUCGUGGUGAGAGAUGAGGGACUUGUGGAAGAUUUGAGGGCUUUGGUUACACCCAUGUGAUCUUACACAGUUUUUCUUUCAGUUUAUUAAUUUUGUUGAAACCUGUUCUUUUAUUUCCCCCUUCUUUAAAUUGGAAUGAAGGCAUCAUAACUAAUUUUUCAUUUUGAAAUUAGUCAUCCCAAAACAUGUCCAGUGAGUUUUUAUUCUUCCUAGAUGUUUGUUUCAAUGUAUCGUCUUCCUUCAGGAUAGAAAAGUAUUUUCUCGUAGGUAUUGGUGGUUUUCUGGAUUAGUUUUUCAAUGGGUGAAAGAAAUGGUCAUUUCCUUGGAGUUAUGUCUCGAAAAUCACUUUUUUGUUUGUUCACAAUAUCAACUUUCUUGUUCAUCUUCUCCUGGUUCUUUGUUUUGCGCUCCACCAGUCCUUCUCACUUCAUUGAUCACAGCUUGCUACCCAAUUCCAAGCUAUUAGCAAUAGUGGAUAAUGGAAACUCCCAAGCUCGAAACCAAAAUGGCAAUGAACUAUCAAUUCCCAGCCAUUCAGUAUCCAUAGGUAAAAAUGAAGCAACACAAGAAUUUAAAUGCCAUUCAAAUAAGGUGGUCCUGAAGGUUUUCAUGUAUGAUUUGCCUCCUGAAUUUCAUUUUGAGCUCUUAGAUUGGAAAGCGAAGGGGGAUAAUGUGUGGCCUGAUCUUAAAACCAAAAUUCCUGAAUAUCCUGGUGGAUUGAACAUACAACACAGCAUAGAAUAUUGGCUUACACUAGAUCUCCUUUCUUCAAGAUUUCCUGACAUAACUGGGACUCGUAGUGCCAUAAGAGUUCACAAUUCAAGUGAAGCAGAUGUCAUAUUUGUUCCAUUCUUCUCUUCCUUGAGCUAUAACCGUUAUUCAAAGGUGCAUCCACCUGGAAAAAUAAGCAGAAACAAGUUGUUGCAAGAGAAGCUGGUUGAAUUUUUGACUGCACAAAAGGAAUGGAAGAGAUCAGGAGGACGUGACCAUAUAAUCAUGGCACAUCAUCCAAAUAGCAUGCUAGAUGCAAGGAUGAAGCUAUGGCCUGCCAUGUUCAUACUUGCAGAUUUUGGAAGGUAUCCUCCUACAAUAGCUAAUGUUGAGAAAGAUAUAAUUGCACCUUACAAACAUGUAAUCAGAACCUUUGUCAACGACACAUCUAGCUAUGACAACCGCCCAACAUUGUUGUAUUUCCAGGGAGCCAUAUACAGGAAAGAUGGUGGGUUAGUUCGACAAGAGCUGUUUUAUCUUUUGAAAGAAGAAAAAUACGUGCAUUUUUCUUUUGGGAGUAUCGGUGGUGAAGGGAUUAGAAGUGCCACUUUGGGCAUGCACACCUCAAAGUUCUGCCUAAACAUUGCAGGUGACACUCCAUCAUCCAACCGCCUGUUUGAUGCCAUUGCUAGCCAUUGUGUGCCUGUCAUAAUCAGUGAUGAUAUCGACCUUCCUUACGAAGAUGUGCUUGAUUACUCUGAAUUCUGCAUCUUUGUACGCACAUCGGAUGCUCUAAAAGAAAAGUUCCUCAUCAAUCUGAUUAGAAGCAUUACUAAGGAGGAAUGGACACGGAUGUGGCAAAGACUGAAAGAGGUUGAAAGGUUCUUCGAGUUUCAGUACCCAUCGCAAAAGGAUGAUGCUGUACAAAUGAUCUGGCAGGCAGUGGCACGUAAGGUGUCAUCAGUCAGAUUAAAGUUAAACAAGUCAAAGCGAUUCUCCCGCUUUGAGGUUGGGAGGAAGAAAAGGACAACAGUAAUUCCAUCGAUAAAGAAUUUUUGGUGAGACGUUUAUCGCAAAUGAGCAUUGUAGGUUGCAUUGCUUCUCCCUUUCUGAUUGAUUAUUAGAAUCUUUUCAUUAUCAUGUAAAUUUAAUGCUUUAGAAAGGUGAGUCUGAGAGAUGAAUUUUCUCACUGCAAAUUUUGAGCCUUGGAGAACUAGUUUCAAAAUAUGUCUUGGUAAAGGUGUAUCAACUAUGUUCAUUGUACUGUAACGAAGGCAAAUUUUCAGCUCCAAGGUCAAAUGCAAAAUUACCCUGCGCUUGGGAUUUUUGGAUUGAAAA